AUGAGGGCCAAACGUUCCAAGAAGUAUCGCAAGUUAAUGCACCAGUAUGAGAUGACGUUUGGCUUUCGUGAGCCUUAUCAGGUGCUUGUGGACUCGAACUUCCUCCAUGCCAUCGAUUCUUUCAAGAUGGAGUUGAUUCCCUCAUUGGAGCGGACUCUCCAGGGAAAGCCCAAGCCACUGCUCCCUGGCUGCCAUCAUGGCUGCGCAACCAAUCAACCCCAAGACCAACCAGCCUUACCGUCCCCGCCAUCUCCCCCUCCAACAGAACUUCCGCUCCGUCACUGCUCGCACAACACUGAAUCCGAGCCCAUCGACGAGAUCGACUGUCUUCUUUCAUUGCUGUCGCCCAAUGCCGAUACCAAGAAGAACAAGGAGCACUACAUCCUUGCUACGGCCGACGCCCCCGUGAAGAAGCAAGAUAAGAAUGAUACGCAACAGCGCAAGCGUAAGCGCGACGAAGAGCGCGAAGAGGAACGGGCGGUCCGCCGCGCACAGAUGCUCCGUUUUCGCGCGCGUUCCAUUCCGGGUGUACCUAUCAUCUACGUCAAGCGCUCGGUUAUGGUCCUGGAGCCCAUGAGUAGCCCGUCCGAGAACGUGCGGGACAACGCCGAGAAGGCGAAGUUCCGCUUUGGCCUGGGCGAUGCUGCGUCGGAUAAGCCGACAGAAGAGCCCAAGAAGAAGAAAGGACCGAAGGUGAAGGGGCCGAACCCGCUCAGUGUGAUGAAGUCUAAGAAGAAGGUGGUUGCUGGUCCCGCUAUUACUCCGAAGAAGGGCAAGUCUCUGAAGAACACUGAGGAGACAAGCAAGAACGAUGAUGCGGCUGAGCAGCCGGGUGGUGAAGAGGCAGGUGCUUCUAAGCCUAAGAGGAGACGCCGACAUCAUCACAAGAAUGCUGCUCCUCAUGGCAACGACGAUGCUGCGCCAUCUACCGAGACUGGUCCUAAUACCGGUUCCAUGGAGGUUGACGAGUAA